UGCCGCAAAUCAGUGCGCGCACGGAGCCCGAACAUGGUGCUCAUGUGGCUCGUGUUCUCUGCUCUCGCAGCGGUCGUCUCUGCUGACUACUGCGCUUACAGGGGUUGCCACCCCGUGUACCCGGGCAAACUGAACGUGCACUUGAUCCCUCACACCCACGAUGACGUCGGUUGGCUGAAGACCGUAGAUCAGUACUACUAUGGAAGCAACAAGGUACAUGCAGCUUUCGGUGUCCAAUACAUCCUGGACUCCGUCGUCUCAGAGCUGCUGAAGAACAAAAAUCGGCGAUUCAUAUACGUGGAAAGCGCCUUCCUGUGGCGAUGGUGGCAGGAGCAAGAUGCAGACAGCCAGGCUGCUGUUGUGCAGCUGGUCCAGGAAGGCAGACUCCAGCUGGUCCACGGGGGCUGGUGUAUGAGCGACGAGGCGACUCCUCAUUAUUCCAUGCUCAUCGACCAGAUGACCUUUGGCCUUAAAUUCUUGAAGGAUACUUUCGGGGAAUGCGGCAUACCGAAGAUCGCCUGGCAGAUCGACCCAUUCGGCCACUCGACUGAGGUUGCCCUGCAGUUCGCCGACAUGGGCUACGACGCCGUGUUCUUCGGCAGGAUCGACCACGAGGACUACCGGCAGCGAGUGGACACCAAGACCAUGGAGCACAUCUGGAGGCCUGACACUUCACUAGGGGAAGUUGGAGAACUAUUCACCGGAAUACUGUUCAACCUGUACACCGCGCCAAAUGGAUUCUGUUUCGACACAUACUGCAGUGACGAGCCUAUCAUGGACAACCCUAAACUCCACGGGUACAACGUCAACGAGAGGAUAACCGACUUCAUGAGAGAGGUGAGGUUCUGGGCAGAGGCCUACAAGACCAAUCACGUGCAGAUCACGAUGGGUGGGGACUUCAACUACAUAGUCGCAUCUUCCUGGUUCAAGAACAUGGACAAGCUCAUCAAGUACAUCAACUCAAAGUUCAACGACGUGAACGUCCUCUACUCCACGCCCGCCUGUUACCUGAAAGCUCUACACGCCGAGAACGUCACUUGGCCUGUCAAGGACAAUGAUGACUUCUUCCCAUAUGGCAGCGAUGAGCACACCUACUGGACAGGAUACUUCACCUCCAGACCUAACCUCAAAAACCUUGUCUAUCGCGCCAACAAUGUUCUACAAGCGGUGAAGCAGCUGCGAGUUGUGCUGGACACAGAGUUGGAAGAGGAGGAGACUCUGAUGAACCGAGCGAUGGGGAUCGCCCAGCAUCACGAUGCUGUCUCCGGGACCGAGAAGCAGCACGUCAGUGAUGACUACGCUCUAUACCUCAGCGAGGGGUUGGACGCAUCAGAGAAGAUCUUCUCUGCAGCCUACAAGAAAUGGCUAGGCAAUGACCUUCCGGUGCAGAAAUUCUGCCGUAUGGCCAAUAUAAGCCAGUGCGAGAAAGUUGAAGGUGCCUACAGAUUUACUGUCUCCGUCUACAAUCCAUUGGCACAUCCAGUCACCCAUCCAGUCCGUGUACCAGUCAUACCAGGAAGCUAUAAGGUCAUCGGACCCACAGGAGAGGAGAUUCCAAACGAGCUGGUCCCAAUCCCCCAGGAGGUGAGAGAGAUCCCGGGACGCAACACCAACGCCUCCUUGGAGCUGUUCUUCUACGCGGAGGAUGUGCCUGCUCUGGGACUGAUGUCCUACCAUGUGGAGAGGUUCGAGGGUGGGGUCGUGCCGGUAGCUGAACGCCAGAACCUGAGCCUGCCGGGCCACAACGCUAACCUGACCGCUCCUCUAGAGACCUCCCAGGAGACUCCUGAAGACAUCGAGGUCGAUAACGGGGUCCUGAAGCUGAUCUUCAACAUCUCAACCGGCCAACUGCAGUUCAUCAUAAGAGACCAGGAGACGUGGGCAUUUCACCAAAACUUCUUCCACUACGAGGGUUCCAAGGGCUACAACUUCAACACCUACAACCGGGCGUCUGGAGCCUACAUCUUCAGGCCGGUCAAGGACGAGGUGGAUGUCGUCGCUCCUUACGCCAACGUCUCUAUCUUUAGAGGCAAGCAUGUCAUAGAAGUCCACCAACAGUUUGGGCCGUGGGUGAGUCAGAUAAUCCGUCUGUACCAAGGCAAGGACCACCUGGAGUUCCAGUGGCUUGUGGGACCCAUCCCUGUAGAGAAAUGGGUGGGAAAAGAGGUGAUUACGCGGUACAAGACCCAGCUGAUGACCGGGGGAGUGUUGUACACGGACAGCAACGGCCGUCGCCUGAUGCGUCGUGUCCGCAACCAUCGCACCUCCUGGAACCUGACCUUGACAGAACCCGUGGCCAGCAACUACUACCCUGUCACUUCCGCCGCUGUCAUCCUCGGCAAUCGCCACCAGGUCACCGUGCUCACGGACCGUCCUCAGGGCGCUGCCAGCCUCACCGACGGCGAGAUUGAAAUCAUGCUGCACCGCAGGCUGCUGUACGAUGACGGCAAGGGUGUGUCAGAGCCCUUAGACGAGAUGCAGUACAAUAAGGGUCUGGUGGCACGGGGUACCCACAUCGUACAGCUCAGCAAGACUUACAAGGAGGCCAAGCCCAGGACCAGGGCACCUCCAGCCAACAACACAGUCAACCUCACCACCACCGCUCCUCCCCCUGUGACACAACCGGACACCCCCUACAAGUACCGCGAGGGGGCGGAGCGUCACCGUAUCGGCGCUGUCAACCUCGUCUAUGGCCCCCUGCUGACCGUCUCCCGCACAUCCCUCACCGCCUCCGAGUGGUCCAAGAGGUACCGAAUGAAGUACACGGGUAUGCUCCGCGAGCCUCUGCCACUUAAUGUCCACUUGCUCACUCUGGAACGAUGGACCAACAACUCUCUGCUGGUCCGCUUGGAGCAUCUGUUUGAAGCUAAAGAACACCCCAUCUUCUCCCAGCCCGUCAGCGUGGAUCUCAAGAACCUGUUUUCGGAGUUCGAAGUGACCCGUGGUGUGGAGCUGAACCUAGCGGCGAAUCAGGAAAUGGCGAAGACCAUCCGGCUCAAGUGGGAUCACGAAGGUUCGAAGACCGAAUUCCACAGACCGCCGCUGGACUCAGACCUGGUGGCCGUUCUGGCGCCCAUGGAUGUUCGGACUUUCCAGCUGUUCGUCCAGCCACGCAAGUCGGCGUGAUACUCCGGCUGUGACGCCCUGCCAUCCCUACCCAUCGUCCCCACCCGCUCUUCAGUCUCUCGGUGAUGACUCAACAGAACCUAUCAAUCCUCUGUCCUGCGGUGACGUAGCCGAGAUUGGCUCUAGAUAUCACGUGCUCGAAAAUCCAUCAAAGGAAAAACAUGUUUAUGUCUCACUGGCAAUUCGUAUAGGAAGGAGGAAGAGGGUUCGAGAAACCCUAUCAAAAUUUUAUCUCGAAUACAAAACUUCCCUUAAAUUGUACCCCACUAAUAAUUUAAGCUCUUAUUAAGACAAUUAAGAAAAGUUAAGAACCAUUUCGCCCUUUCUCUGGCCACGUCGCUGCCAUUCAUGUCCCGCAACAGGUUUCCCAUAGUUUGUACUUAGCGCGAGAGGCGGAAGACUGGUGGAGAACUUUUAUUAUAAGUAACGUAGUAGAUUCUAUUUUUAUAAGUGUUAUUUCUGGACAGAUUUUUAUCGCUAUGACGAUGUGAAUAUUGGUUAUUCACGCAAUUCUGUUCACUGUGUAACUAGGGUAUGGUUUUGGCUGAAAAUUAAAUUGCUUACAAUUUAAAUACAUAGCACUUUUUUACAAACUACCCUUUAGUUUUUAACGUGACUAUAGUUUUUUGCCCAGUCUAUUUCAGAGUAAAUCAGUUUUUACUUCAUUAAGUUAGAAGUGUUCGUGUUAAAAUCGUGUUAAACGAGGUAGUAACACGAAUGAGAGAUUGUAACGAUCGGCUGUUUCUCGUCAACCGAAUUAAAUCAUUUAGUAGUAUAAGAGUAGUAGGCAAGCACAAUAAGAAUAUUUUAACAAACUAGUGCCUGAGCCCAUUCAUUCAUAGAUAAGUUUAAGAUUGUAGGAUUAUUCCAGUGCAUAUAUCACAAUAAGAUCGUGAGUAUGGUAUUAUUUAAUUUAAAACCCUUUCAAUUCACUUAAUGGACCUUCUGGUAAUCUAUUAAUACUGAAAUUUUUCUGAGUAAAACACGAUCGUGUACAUGAAUUAUAUUAUUACCACUUGGAAAAGCCAAGGAAGUGAUGACUUCCAGUAGUUCAGCAAUCCCAAGUGUAAAAAUGUCCAGAAAAUGAGAUUUUGCACUUAAUACGAAUAGACUAUUUAUACGGAUUCAAUACGCACUCUAGAGAAUUACAUUUUCUGUAAUAAAGCUAGCUGUAGCUAACGUUUCUGUAAUUGUAUCAAAUAAUGAAGAUAAAUUCUUGAUGAUUAUGAGAUGUUCAAUGUUCAUCACAAAAGUAUUGUUUUUAUUGGGGGGGGAGGGCAUUACCUUUAGCAUAAACAAAAUCUAUUUUUUGUAAUAAAAGAACAUAAUAAGAGAAACCUACCACAGUAAAUUCAAAAAUUCAAGGAUACACUGAAAGUCGAAAAAAUAUUGUUAUCAGUGAAAUGGCUAUUGAAAAAACGAAACUGCAUAAAAAACAAAAAUAGAAUUGCUUGCUUUUUGGAUGAUAAUUUAUGACUCCUUCCCUGUGAUGACUGCUUGAGGUGAAAUAUUAUCACAAAAAAUGAGCGUUGGUUAGAUUUUAAAAUUCUGUCAUAACAAAACCUUUCAAUAAAGUAAAAUAGUUAUGACUGUAUUUUUUAUUUUCUUAGAUUGCACUGUUUGGUAUAAGUUGGAAAAUACAUUUUUAAAGUACAUCAACGUGUGGUUAAAAGCAACGAAAAUUUAAAACGUAAGUUUGAAUUUGGUGUUUCCUUUAAGCGAAAAGUGUAUAAUACGCCUAAUAAAGUUUUACAAACACGUAUUAAAACGAUGAACAUUUCCAAAUAGUAAACCAAACUCUAAAUCUAUUGUAAUAUCGUAGCUAAUAUUGUAAUUAUACACAUAUUCUGUCCCUCAAUACACUAAAUUAUCAUGUGAUACAUUUAGUUUAAGGUCCAACAAUCUUCAUAUGAUAAAUAUAAAUAAGUACAUAAAAACUGCGUUAGUAGGUAGUAGUAAAACACCUACAUAAUACAAGAUUUUAGGCUGAUUAGUUGUAAUUUUAAGUUUAUUUUUUUAAAUUGUAGACAGCUACAGUGUUACUUCCUUUUAAUUGUUUAUGCGUUUUACAAAGGUAUAUAAAUUACAAACAACUACUAAAGUUAUUUUUAAAGGAAUUAAGGCAUUCUAUAUAUUUCGAAUAAAACAUAGUUCUUAUUAUAAGAUUUAAAUCAUUUAGUUUGUACUAAUAUAUGAACUGCAAAACUAGUUUUACUUAAUUUAUGUGUGUUUGUAACUGAGCUCGAUGAUUAUGUUAUUUAUGAUCAUGUAUAUUUAUUGUGGUGUGAAAUAAAGAGUGAGAGGAGGGAAGAUGUUUA